CAUUGUUCUCAUUGUUUCUGCUGUGAAGGAUGUUGGUGUUGGUGCUCCUCGCUCACCUCUCUCUGUCAGGUGCCAUGCAGAGUGGCGUCUUUGGGGGUAAGGAGGCCAAGCCCCACUCGCGACCCUACAUGGCCUCACUACAGGUGGGGCAGGAGAAGGCACAUGUGUGUGGAGGAGUGCUGAUCAGAGAAGACUUCGUGCUCACUGCUGCACACUGCCUCAAGUUGAAGCCAGAUGUCGUAGUCCUUGGUGCCCACGACAUCAGUAAGGCUGAGAAGAGUCAGCAACGUGUGGGUGUAUCUAAGUCCAUCCCCCACCCAAAGUACCCCACCGAGCCUGUACCUGAUGGUGAUCCACGGCUCCACCAACACGACAUCAUGCUGCUCAAGCUAAAGACGAAGGCCAAGCUGGGUAAGGCUGUGAAGGUGAUGUCUUUGCCCAAGAAGGAUGGCUUAGUGCCAGCAGGUGUGAAGUGCUGGGUGGCCGGCUGGGGAAUGAAGGCCCCUCACAGCAAUGGCGAGAAAGUCCUGAGGGAGGUGCAAGUGAGAGUGGAGGCACAGCAGCAGUGCGAGUAUUAUUGGCAAAAAUACUAUGACAGUACACACAUGAUGUGCACCAGCACCAACAACGGCCAGACAGGAUUCUGCCAGGGGGAUUCUGGAGGUCCACUGGUGUGUAACACCAAAAUUCAGGGGACUGUUGCCUUCACACACCCAGACUGCAACCAAGGCACCUAUCCACAGGUCUCUACCCGUAUCUCUGCUUUCCUGCCUUGGAUCAAGGAGAUCAUGGGGAAGAAAGAUGAAGAGAAUGAAUGGACUCUUUAAAACACAGCUCAUAUAAACAACAUGCAGCACAGAACAGAAAAAAAGAAACAAAUACAUAUAUGAACACACCACUGUCUUUUCAAAUAAGCAACAUAUCGGAAAUAAAA